AUGCCUAGUUGCCCACGUUACACCAAAGAGCAGUUGCUCGACAUGCUUCAAGAGCAGUGCCCGUAUGCCAUUGCCAAGCUUCCCUUGCCGGAUACAUUCAGCUUCCGUCGCAACUCUAAGGGCAAACACGAACUCAGCGUCGGAUCUACUCACGGACUCGUGCGUCGCGGGGAGCGCGAACUAUGGGUCAUCUGUGGCGGCACAGCGAAGCCACACUUGUACUUCAGAAGCAACGUGAAUUUCAAUGGACUCUUUAGUAAGAACGUAGGACAGGAAGGCUUCAUCGGCAACUCCUUCUUCAGUAAGAUGUCCAAGAGAAAAACGUUAAACCCAUUCAGUGAGCCGCUCAAAGCUGUGGUGGGUUUCGUUUUCGUUUACUGCGGCAAGAAAGAGGAGUUCGUCGAUGUCGGCUUUGGCAACGGAUUCCAGAUCCUUGUCAAAGAGCUAAAGCAUAUGAUGGCCAGAGAUGAUGAUUGUACUGGAGAUGGUGCCAUUCCCGAAGUCACGCGUGCAGAUACUGCCGAUGUCCUGAACGCGAAUGUAGUCAAGGAUCACGGUGACAAUUACUCCAAAGAGGAGCAUUCGGCUGAAGUUCUUCCUGAGUCCUCGGAGAACGUGCUCUCUGAGAAUUCCAAGAAGCGAGCGCUCAGCGUCGACACUGACGGGCAUUCGGUAGAGAAGAAGCUCCGCGUUGAGUAG